AUGCUUGUCCCGCCGGUGUCCAUGAUAAUGUAUCACGAGCUACCAUCUAUCAAAAACAAAAAGAGAGAGAAAAUUCCGGAAGGUACGCUGUGCGUGGUAUGCAGUGAUUUGGCGAGCGGUAUUCAUUACUCGGUGGCAAGCUGCAACGGUUGCAAGACCUUCUUCCGACGAGCUCUGGUGAACAAGCAGACAUUCACAUGCCAAUUCACUGGAGACUGCGUGGUGGGGAAGUCUGUCCGAUGCGUUUGCAGAAGUUGUCGACUGAAAAAAUGCUUCGAUAUGGGAAUGGAUCCCAAGGCAAUCCAACAUGAUCGAGACAAAAUCCGGUACACAAAAGCUCUUAAAAAGAAGCGGGAAGAAGAAAAACGGUUAAAAGAAGUGAUUAUCAAAGAAGAUAUCGGAAGUCCACAAAGUAUAGCAUCUGAUACAUAUAUAAACACGUCAACCCCAUCAUCUAGUACUAUGGUGAAUUGUAUGGUAGAACACGACCAUCCCUCAUUAGAUCCCGAUGCUCAGAACGAUGUAAAGUCAAUAAUUGAUGAUUUAUUACGGAUAGAGACGAAAGUGAAAUCACUUAGGAACUCUUUUCGUUUUGAAUCUCACCCCUCUGCGACUUCUUGUAUGUAUUCAAGCUGCUUACUGGAUGACGUGUCAUAUAUGGAAGAGAACACAAUGCCGCAAGAAUCAACGGUGGAACCAUUCGAGUGCUCUUUAGAGAACUUGAGAGAAUGGUUUGUGAGGGAUCUCUCAUUAAUGUUGGAAUGGGGAAAAUGUUUGCCGAUCAUGGAAGGAUUAUUGUUAAAUGAUAAGCUGGCACUCAUGAAAGCCUUUGCCCCAAUAUUCCCGCUUAUUCAAUUAGCUUUCUACACAAAGAACGAGUUUGAGUGUGAUAUUGUAAUAAAGCUUGAGCCAGAUUGCACCCCAAAACCAAUACCAGAGCGGCUCAAUUAUCCGGACGGCUCAUUCAUCGAGAAAGGAGGAAAACCAGCCAAUUCAUGGGAGGAGAUGCACGCAAUGUUAAUUGAUGGAUGCUACAAAAUGAUGAGGCAGCUCAAGAUCAAAGAAUCAACGUUUGUACUCUACAAGCUUCUUCUCUUCCAUAAUCCAGAUGCGGAAGGACUCUCCUCACUAGGCAAAAAGACAAUCGAGUGUGAAAGGAUGCGUUUGCUGACUCAAAUGUAUUGCUAUCUCUCAACAGAACGAGGAAGAGAAGCUCAAACUAUCUUCUCAAAUCUUCUGAUGAUGUCAGCAACGUUAAGUAAAACAGCAUCAUUCAUCAAACGUGUCUUUGAUUUCAAUCAUAUUUUUAACCGAACCAAUGACCUGAUAGACCAGUUGAUUAUAGUCGGACUAAACAUGCUUCACUCAACCGCCCUCGUUGAUAUUGUCAACAAGACUCUCCCAUAUCAAGCACUCGGAGACUCUCUUCUCCCAGUUAACAACAAUGCUGAGUUCAUGAGCCACACCAACGCUUUGACAGUUACUUUCUGUCAUGAUGAGCAACCAGUUGCUUUCGGUUCUAUUGUGAAAUGCAAUGAGAGACAAGCAUACGUUAUGUUGGGUGAGAUCGACAAGAAGUUUGAAGAUAAGACUAUCUGGAUUGAAGAAGUUUCUGUUGAGAACAAACUCAACUACGUUUACAAGGCAAGUUUGACCGGUCUCAUUUCUUCUAGACUUGUUUUAAUAAAAUUAGUUUAUACUGCCCUUUUUCAGAUCACCAAGAGUGUCCCACUCAUCGAUUACUCUGGAGAAUGCCACUUCGAGCAAACAUUUAGAAACAGAGAGGAGAAACCAGUCCACCUUCACCUUUUGGACCUUCUCAUUAACAAAAGCGUUGGACUUGUUGAUAUGGAUAUCUCCAAGAACAUCACUGUCGAUUUCGAAAAGUACUCGAACUUUGCUUCCUGGAGAGAUACCGUCGGUUUCGUCGUUGGAGAUAAACAUCUUUUUGAGCGCAUCACCGUCAACAGAUUCGAACUUCUUUCUUUCGCAUCAGAUAACACCGAUGUGACCGUCGAGGACGUGAAUGUUGAAAAACUAACCGAUGUUCUUGAUUAUGACGGAGAGGUGUCUAUCUACGACAGAGAGGAAUUCCUCACCGCUCUUCUCAAAACUGGAGGAGUCUCUGCUAAAGUUGCCAAAGAAAAUGGACAAGUGACUGGAUAUAUCGUGAACACCAAGGACAAUGUUCUUCAAUGCUACGGAGAAAACGAGAAAGCUCAAAAAGCCCUUUUCUCAUCUGCUGCCGCCAACAUGAGCGCCAAAGUUAACAUGUACGUCCGCAAGGAGUCUUCUCCACUUAUCGAGCAACUCUCACAGGCUGCGGAGACCAAAAUUCCAAUUACUAGACUCAACACUCGUGUCAUUAUCAACACUGUCAAGUUCAGCAAGGUUGCUUGCCUCAACAUGGGGCUCCAUCUUUUCUAA